UGUUAAUAUAAUGAUGCGAUUUAAGUAUUCAACAGAAAACUAUCUAUAAAAGAUGGGGUUUUUAAACGAUUGGCUUAACCGGUAUAAAUGAUCCUUGUUUUACUAAUGAAAUCGAUUGUUGGUUAUUAUUUUGGUUUUGCUUCCAUGUUCUUCUAGAACCGGUUAAAUCCACGUCAGCUGAAAUUUUUUUAAAACAAUUUCAUACUUAUUUUUUUUAGAAAAUUACUCUGUAAAAUAAAUUGACACACGCACAACAAGCACACACCUUUUCCCCUUCUUCACUAAAUCGUCUCUUUUCCGUUUCUUCGAGCUCAAAUCCCAACGUCAAUGGCGGUUCCGAUUCACUUUCUCAUCAACUCUCCACAUGAAUCAUCCGACGAAGAGUACAACGGCUUCGAGAUUUCUUCAUCUGAAGACGAGUCCAUGGAAGACGAAUCGUCCGAGUUAGAAAACACAAACGGAGGAUCUCACUCUUCUCCUCUCUCCAAUCUCGUAAACGAAGAAAGUGAGAGUGAUGGUACUGAGGAAGAGUUUUGGGUUAAGUAUCCGUAUUUGAAGGAGCUAGUGGAGAUUAUUGUAGCUCAAGGUUUGAUUUCUGAAGAAGUAGCUUUUGAGAGAGUUAAGCUUAUUGGUGAUGAUAAAGCUAAAGCUAAAGAAUUGAAUGAUGGAUGGAAAGCUUUGUGUCUUAAGGAACAGGAUUUGGGUAAUCAGAUGCUUGAGCUUCUUGAAACCCUGAAAAUUUGA